CUAGCCUCCUCCAGUUUCCUUUCCCCGGAGCAUUUAAAAACCCUAAAUUUCGAAAUUCAAAUCAGUUUCCUUUCGCAUCUGAAGGGAAUUGAAGUCACAGAGUCGGGCGUUCGCUGAGAUGAGAAGAAAAAGCGCCAGCGGAGGAAGGCGGAGGCCCUCAAAGCGCUCCAAGCUUUCUCUCCGAUCUUCCACCAAUAAUUCGAGCUCUGUUGGCCAGGACUGUGGUGUUGAACCUAACAAUGAUGGUGAAGUACUUGUAACUUCUAGGCCAUAUGAUAACUUGGCCGAUCCCUGUAGAAAUGGUGAGCCUGUUGCUGUCACUGAGGAGGCUUGUGGAUUGGAGCCUCAGGAUGUAUCUGGGCCAGAAGAUAUUUUGGAAAAGGAUUGGACAGAGAAGGAAGUUUGUAUAAAAUGUAACAGAAGUGGUAAGGUAUUGGCUUGUAGUGAUAAUUUCUGCCCAUUAGUUAUUCAUGAAGAGUGUAUGAGGUGUUCAGCUCGGUUUGAUAGUAUGGGGAAAUUCUACUGCCCUUAUUGUUUAUAUAAGCAAGCUUCAUUGGACACCCGUAAAGCAAGACAAAAGGCUAUGAUGGCAAAGAAAGAUUUGUCAGUUUUCCUGGAUAAAAGAAUGUUGGAUGGUGAACCACAGAGCUGUAAGGCAGUGGAAGUUGGGCAAACAAACUCAAAUCCAUCAGCAGCUGUAAGGGACAUAGAACAUGACAAUAUGAAGAUUAGGCUGAAUGGAAAUGAACCCGACAAACAUUCUGUUCAAAUGGAAAAGGGUCAACAAGAAGAAAGAUUCAACUCCCAGUGCACUACAGGCACUUUACCUUCUGGAGGUGCUAAAGCAUUAGGGACAAGUGUGCUAAAUGAUAUUGUGCCUGGCAGGUCUAGGGACCAUGCAAAACCUGAGGAUGGUAGUCAGCGUAAGAUAGCUAUUGGAAAAAAGAUGCAUUCAAGGCCUACAAUUGGUUAUGGUGAUGGUGAUAGUGGUGCUUGCUAUAGGGAAGAAGGCAUAGGAUGCCAAUCUGAAUUAGAGGUUGGCGAAGGCGCUCAAGUAGGGCAUUCAGGACUAGUUGGCAACGACCAAAAUGAAAGAAUUGUACAGGAUGGGCAAGCGGGGCCUCUGGAAGUUUCUUCCACUGUGAAAGAGACAGCUGCAUAUGGUGUACUUCACAUAUCAGCCAGAGGAGAAUUAAGCAACUCAGAGAUUGUGAAGGAGGACAAAAUCAGGAAACCAGAAGCAGAAGAAGAGAUGCAGGAACAAGGACAAGGAAAUGCUGUAUCUUCUUGUGAAAGAGACUCCAUUCAGCAUGAUCAUGGACGAGAAAAUGAUUCAUCACGUGGAGACGAUGUGGCUGUUUCACCACAGAGGAGGUCCCGUAAAAGGAAAAAUAUAAAUGUUGUGCAGUCUCCAAUUGUUGAUCGCCCACGGCGAUUUGGAAACAAAUUAUCUAUUCAACCAUAUAACAAUGUGGCUCCCAAAGAGAAAACUGAGGUGACCAGAAAAUCUAAAGAAAAGCUCAAAAGCCCCCCCAUGCUUCUUUACAUGAAGCGCAAAAGAGUGCCAUGGACAGCUGAAGAGGAAGAAAUGUUAAAGGAAGGAGUGCUGAAAUUCUCAACCACGGUCAACAAAAAUCUGCCAUGGAGGAAAAUUUUGGAAUUUGGUCGUCAUGUUUUUGAAAGGACUCGAACCCCAGUUGACCUCAAGGAUAAAUGGAGGAAAAUUUUAGCAAAGAAUCCUCAGCAAAGUGAUUAGAAGUUAUUUUAGUUAUGACUGACUCAAAAAGCAGGAGGAAGUCCAGACCAGACCAGCAUUUAGCCCUCCGAAGUGCAACAAUGCAAGGACGAGAAGAUCUAAAGAGAAGGACGCCUCCACACUGAUAAGCAAGCAUACAUUACAUGCAACUGAUUAAGAGCAGAAGCAUUUCUGAUGUUGUAGCACUGUGAAAUGGUCAAUGCGUUUUGCCUUCUGUUUCUGGUUCCCAUUAAAUGAUGAGAAACUGAAGGAAAAAAAAAAAAUGAAAUGUUGUAUCAUAUGAAAGUGGGCUGGUUGAGGCUUCAAUUACCUUACCUCCACCUUCUGCUGCUGGAAUGCUGGUUCUCAUGUUAGUGAUAAAUUUUCACAACUUUAAUGAUCAUUUCUUGUCUCAAAAUUGUUACAUUAUUGCUGUGCAUAGGAGGGGAAACUUAUUUAACGUUUAGAAGGUACCACGUUAGAACAUCAUUAUAAGGUAUACUAACAGCAAUUUAAUCAAUGAUGAUUAUGUAAAACCUGACAUGUUAUAAUUCUUGCACAAUUAUUAAUUUAUUUUAACAGGAGUGAUGGUAAGUGGUAACGAUGUCAGAAAAAAAAGGCAUUUGAGAUGGAAAUUUUAUUGAAAGGACCUUACAGGAUGGCUCAUAAAGAAGAAAU